AGUUCAGUCUUCAAUUGAAACGAAGCAAGAAAUUAUGAAGUUUGUUUGUAUCUUAGCAUUUUGUGCAUUAGCCAGUGCACAAAUUCAGGAAUGGCCUGCUCAGCCUCAACCAAUACCUGAGAUUGAUAAUCUAGAAUGGCCUGCCCAGCCUAAUCCUAGACCUCAUCCUAGACCUGAGCAUAAUGAUCCAGAACAACAUCCAGAAUGGCAACAACCACAACCAUCAGACUGGCAACAACCUGAAAAUCCAGAAUGGCAACAACCACAACAGCCAGAAUGGCCACAACAACCUCAACCAGGAUGGCCACAACAACCUCCGCAACCAGACAAUGUCAUUCCUUUGGUAAAUGAAGAAGAACCACAACCUUUAUGGCAUCAACCUCCCAGAUGGCAAGAUCAACCACCACGAUGGCCUCAACAACCAGAACAACCUCCCCAAUGGCAAGAUCAACCACCACGAUGGCCUCAACAACCAGAACAACCUCCCCGAUGGCAAGAUCAACCACCACAAUGGCCCGAUCAGCCGGUUCAUCUUCCAGAAUGGCAAGAACCACAACCACCACAAUGGAACCCUAAUGCACCCCAAUGGCGAGCAGAUGAACGUCCAACACGUGACCAACGUUGUGAGCCCGCACACUCAAGAAACUCAAUUGUUUUCGCUCACGAUUUCGACUGCAGUUUGUUCCACGAAUGCAGAGACGGAUUGAGAUUCACUUUCCAAUGUCAAGGAAACUUCUUGUUCGACAGAGUUACAAUGACUUGCCGUCACCCACGAUCCGCAAGAUGCUAAACAAUGGAAUUUGAUAACAUGAUAUUCACUUUUAUAUAAACAUAUCUAAUCAUCACAGUUGCUUGCUUACUUGUGCGUGCUCAACCUAUGAUAAUCGAGAAGAAAAUAAAAAAAACUUUAAAAGCUUCAAUCGAUCAAACUUGCGGUGUAUAAAUAAAUUGCAACAAACAUUAAGUGUUUUUUAUCGACAGCUAACAAUUUAACACUUCAUAAUACCACAAAUAGAUAAUAGAAAAAUGUUUGUAUUGGAGUACUCG